UAAGCGCAGCUAACAGGCAGACGGCAUGACCACAGUUUGCUGGAGCAGUCCACAGCCUCUCAUGUAGCCCACUUCUGCGAUCGCAAACUCACACACACGUGCACUUACACACCAAGACACACUCAGUUGCUCUUCAGGGACACUAAGAGAUUACCAGAGCAAAGAAGAUUUGACUUUUGUAGCUUGUAUUUUUUUUUCUUUGUUUCUUUUUUCUUUUUCUUUUUUUUUCUGUUACCACCCACCCUUUGCCGGGUUCAGGGGUGGUGGCACAUCCUCAAAAGGGCUGCAUGAAUGACACAACGCAAAGGCGAGAAGACGACCAUCAGCAUUCAGGAGCACAUGGCCAUUGAUGUAUGUCCAGGUCCCAUUCAGCCCAUCAAGCAGAUAUCUGACUAUUUCCCCCGUUACCCACGGGGUCUGCCCCCCACAGCUCCUCCUGCCCUUAGUCGCGCCGGCUCCCUGCGGGGCACCACUACCAGCCAGAAGUCGGAGGACCCGGCCGCGGAACCCAAACGGGAUGAGGAUGACCUGGACCAAGCCUUUGGUGCCACCGCGUUCGUGGCUAACAAGAAGGAGGAAGAGCCGGACGUGGAAGGCUAUGAUUCGGACGACUCCACUACGCUCGGCACUCUGGACUUCAGCCUUCUGUAUGAUCAGGAGAACAAUGCCCUGCACUGCACUAUCAACAAAGCCAAGGGACUCAAACCAAUGGAUCACAAUGGGCUGUCAGAUCCCUAUGUUAAGCUGCACCUCCUGCCUGGAGCUAGUAAGGCCAAUAAGCUCCGCACAAAGACCCUACGCAACACUCUCAACCCUGUCUGGAGUGAGACCCUAACGUAUUACGGGAUAACUGAUGAAGAUAUGGUUCGCAAAACACUCAGGAUUUCAGUGUGUGACGAGGACAAAUUCCGCCACAACGAAUUCAUUGGUGAAACCCGAAUCCCCUUGAAGAAACUCAAACCCAACCAGACUAAGAACUUCAGCAACUGUUUGGAGAAACAACUUCCUAUCGACAAGACAGAUGACAAGUCUCUGGAGGAGCGAGGGCGCAUCAUGAUCUCUCUGAAGUACAGCUCUCAGAAGUGUGGCUUAGUGGUGGGCAUCAUCCGCUGUGCCCAUCUCGCUGCCAUGGAUGCCAAUGGCUUCUCGGACCCCUAUGUUAAAACGUAUCUCAAGCCAGAUGAGAACAAAAAAUCAAAGCACAAGACAGCUGUCAAAAAGAAGACCCUCAACCCCGAAUUCAAUGAAGAGUUUUUCUAUGAGAUCAAGUACGCUGAUCUCAGCAAAAAGACCCUGGAGGUGACCGUCUGGGACUAUGAUAUUGGCAAAUCCAAUGAUUUCAUUGGUGGAGUCUCUUUAGGUAUAAAUGCCAAUGGCGAGAGGCUAAAACACUGGUUUGACUGUCUGAAAAACAAGGACAAGAAAAUUGAGCGCUGGCACACGUUAACCAAUGAACUCCCUGGUUCAGGGUACAAUGACUGAGAGGCUCUCUUUGCAGUGGAUGCCCCGAAGCCCGCCCCUUUCCUACAUGAUGUCCAUGUAAAGCCCAGCAGCCUGUGAUGAUGGAUGGAUCGACACUCCCAACAGUCCACUGAUUUAGAGAUUGGUGCCAGUAUCUGUUUCAACACACCUGCUCUAUCUCUUGUACCUUUUCUGGUGUUGAGCUUGCAGUCUGAUUGUUUGGCUUUUGGGCUUAUAUAAGGGUCUUUAACCAGACUGUGCUUGCACAACCUCAUUGAAAAUGGAGAGAUGUUGUUCCAACAGUCAACAAGAGAUCAGUCCCUGUUUUCAAAUAUUUAACCACACUCUACUGCUCUCUUUCUCCGUCCUCUUGAGGUUUUAUGUGUAUUCAAGAAUCCUGUUUACAGAAAUUAGCUGUCAGUAAAUGUAUGAUUAUGCGUGUGCAUCAUGGAAGCAAAGGGGCUCUGAUAAUACACUUUCCAAAACAAUAUUGUUUACAGUCCAAAACCUUUGUGAUGUCUAUCUUAAAGCCAGGGUAUAAACUACACAAUUGUAUUUUAAAGACAGAUGAUUGUGAAGAUUAUAUCAGUUGGUGGAAGUUAAGUUAAGAAUUGUAGUUCUUACAAUAUAAACUCCCAACAAAUUUGUUAGUUUUUUUUCUUGCCCCUUCUCUUAGUUUGUCUACUUAAUGAAUGUAAUUGACCUUUGAGUUUCAGUACUCUCACUGCAAUAUGAACAGUGUGCCAUUGACAUUGAGACAGCACACAGCAGAGUUUCAAUAGCGAUUUUUCUAGAGUGAAAACAGUACACGCACAGAAGCUGAAAAUGCUCUGUUCUAGAAAUGAAUACUAUUGAUUGAUUUUUGGAUUAAACACUGUGGCCAAGUCAAAUUUAUAUAUUGCAUUAUUAUCUUUUACUCCAAAAUGUUUCAGUCUGUAAAAAAAAAAAAAAAAAAAGGACUGGACAAACUUGUUUGGGGAUCUAUAAUGGCUUGUUUAUCUUAUUCUUUAUUUGAGCAUUUUAAAGAUGACUUAAUAUAUUUUUUUUAAAUACUGUGUUAAAGUCAUUUAACAUUUUAAUUUUGUGGCAUUACAUUUUAACCAGUGUAUUAUUUUAACCUUUCUGUGUCAUUGCAUAUUUAGCAUGCCGUUGGUGGGUAUCAUAGAUAUUAUUAUUGUAUUUUUAAGUUGUUGUUGUUUUAUUCUUCCCUCAUUUCCAGAAGAUUUUAUUCAUUAAGGUCAACUCUACAUUGGAGAUGAGACUUCAGAUGUUGGCCAUUUAUUAAACACACUGAUGCUCCAAGCAGAACUGUCUACAGCCCUACAAUGUAUGUUCUCUCUUGACAGUUCAUUGUGCAAGCCACUCCUGUGACAUUUUUGUAAUCUUUUUGCGUUUGUACACAAACUCUAUGGCAUAAAAAUGCAUGCUAUGUUCUUGGGCUGUCAUUAAAACAAUUUUGCUUAAUGUUUGAUACUGCUGUUCUCUGUAAAAAGAGAGUUCCUGCUCUUGGAUGCUAUAGGAAUGUCAGCCUUCCUUCUCGGACCGUUUUCGUACUUUGGAACGCCAUCGCAUUCCCCGUCAGUUUGCUCUAUUGACUGGACAUGUGACUGCAUGUUACAAAAAAUAAAUCUAGUCUUGUUUUGAUCAUUUUACCUCUCAGGCAAUUGUUUGCAUAUGAUAGUGGUUCUCUGAUGAAGUCGGUAUAUUUGUUCUCCUGGUUCACCUUAAUCUUGCACCGAAUGGCCGAAUUAUUGUGCCUUUUCUUUUGUAACUGUGUUUUUGCACCACUCACUUUACAGAGAUUGAAAUGAGCUUUUAAUAUGGAAACAAUACUAUACACAUGGCAUAGUUAUAUUCUUGUCAGUGUUACACUGGUAAACAUUGUCUCCUGUAGUAUGCUUCUUAAAUAAAAAUAAUGGAUAUCCUUACACUGUGUGAUAGUGCCGUUGAUGGCAUGGGUGCAAGGCUGAGGUGGAGGAUGCUUGUAUAACUUCAGAUUCUGGCAUCUGGUAGUGUUGAACAUUCAGACUAAAAAAUAAACCUUUUGGCUUUGUUUGCUGCCUCACUCAUUGUACAUCUUAAAUUGCUCAUGCGUUCUGUUUAUUUAAAUGUUUAUUUUAGACCAUAUAAAAUAUUUAACACGUUGUAUUUUGUUAUCAAUGUUCAUUUUUGUGCACGUCAUGUUUAUGUUGUUAAAAGCCACCUGAAGUGAAAGUAUGGUACAAAUCUGAUGAACCACUGAAAGCAUUAAGGGUGUAAUUAUGAUGUCAUUAUCAAGUGCUGUCAGACACCAGAAUCUGUUGUUUACUUUCAUUUGUAUCCAGUUUCAAAGCUGUUCAAGUAUUAUAUCUAUAGUUUGUUUUUUACUAUGGCUAAUGAUAUUUGCUAUUCACAUGUUCAGAACUGGAAACCCAAAUCAAAUAAAAUGAGUUCACCUCU